AGUUCAGUAUCUUAGAUAGACUUUUGAGUGGAUUGAACAAUGUCCAUAGUUAUUAAUCCUUGAACGCCUCUACUCAAUUGACGCCACCACAGAGAAGAAUUGAGAAUGUGGAAAAUAUAACAACAGGACAUCAGUUACUACAGAAGGUUUGUUUCCUUUAUACGAUGAAGAAGAGAGUGAUAGUGAAAUCGAAACCCUGCCACCUCUAAGGUAAAAAGAUCAAGUAAAUUGGGAUUGUGAUUCUCAGGUGAUAAGUUGGGUUGAUUCCAACUGGGUGAUAAUUCAGAUAUGAGUCAAGUGAACAAGGAGAUCAACUAUAUGGAGUAGCACAUCAGCUGCUUGACAAAAGUUUCAUGACAGGAAAAACAAGUGAAGGUGUGAAUGUAAUUUCCCCUCGCUAAAUGGAGUAAUAUAAAUACUUCCUUUACAUGACUUAGGUUUUCACUUUCACUUACCCUUUCGUCUUCGGUUCAGCCUCCAUGGAAAAAUCAGUUCAAAGAAGUGGGAGGAAGUCCCUUCCAAAGCCAAAGGUAGCACCUUGGCUUGUUUUCCCACAUGAUAAAGAGGGAAAGUUUCAAACUUUUUGCAAUAUAAGUGAUGAGAAUAGAGCUUGCAACAAAUUCAUACCAGAGCUGAGCAGGAAGAGAUUCUGGCAGAGAUCGUCGUUUCAAGGUUGGUUAGUAAGUGUCUGUGAUGAAGAAGAUGAUCCUACCCCAAAUUUCAAUUACGGGGAUUGUUUUUUGUGGAAUCCAGUAUCAAUGGAGACUAUUCAAUUACCGUCUGUUCUCAAUUGGUUCAUUAGGGAUGAUCAUUUUACCAAAGACUGUGUUUUGUCUUCGCCACCUUGGAUAAAUGGUAGUAGUAGCACCGGAGAUGAUGAUAAUGUUGGUGAUGGUUCCAUUGUUGCUUUCCUUUUUGGUACAAGAAGAGGAGUUGGAAAGGACAUUCUUGUGUAUUGUCAACCCUGGUGACAAAGAAUGGAAAACACAGAGAAUCACUGACAUAUAUGACCUGGAAGACCUGCACUCGAUGCUGUACUUUAAAGGUAAGAUGUAUAUAAUGUGCAAGGGUAAUGAUCAUUUAGAGAUAGAUGUGCAACAUGGAUCAUCUGAGCAUGAUGGUGAUAAAAUCCUCUCUAUUAGGAAAUUUCAAGUUAGUGAUUACAUAGGAGGCUAUACAGUAGGAGGAAUUUUUGACACGCGAAUGGAAACAUAUUAUGUGGAGUCUUUUGAUGAAAUAUUCAGAAUUAAGAAAGUUAUCCUUACUAGAGGUGUUUAUGAUUAUGUAACUAAUAUGGUGACAGCAAAGUUAGAUUUCUCUUCGAUGUUUUGGGUGGACGUGAAACGUUUGGAUGAUCAUGUCUUAUUUCUAAGCCAAUCUGCUGCACUGUGUUGCUUGACUAAGGAGUUGGGUUUUACACAGGGUUGUGUGUAUUUUACACAACUAGAGGAAAUGAGCUUCUAUAAGUAUGACUUGGAAGGCAAAAGUAUAAUGCUUUCUGUACCAUGUCCUGAUCUUCCUCAGCCAUGGUUAUCUCCCGAGUGGAUCAUGAUUCCUACAACUUUCAGUAGGGUUGGCGAUAAAAGAAGAGGAACAGAAUGUGUGUUUGGUAAUAGCGGUGACCGAGGUGAUAGUAUGAAGGAAAUGGAAAAAGGAGCUAAUUUAAACACUGAUGAAGAGAAAAAGGAUAUUGAGGAAGCAAGACCUUGGGUUACACUUGGGGACGAUAUAGUGUGGUCGAUAUCAAGCUAUCUAAGCCCGUUGGAUUACAUGCAUCUACGUGCUGUUCGUAGAACAUAUCGGUCUGUAUUUCCUGUAGAGAAUUGGAGAAGAUUUUGUCCUACCAGGAGUUUGAAAACCACUGAUUUGUCUCCAUGGCUGGUUUUUGCCAAGGAUAAUGAAGCCGUCUACAAUUUCAUAAACCCAAUGCAUAAUAAUGAAAAUUACCUCAUGAGCAUCCCUGAAUUGUUAAAGGGUUCAACAAUUCGCUUCUCCAAAGAUGGUUGGUUACUCUUGUCAAAAGGUUAUUAUAGUUUGUUCUUCUACAAUCCCUUCACAAAAGCAAUUGUCAAACUGCCAGACUUACCGGAUGAUAAUAAUUAUCAGUUCAGGGGUAUCUCAUUCUCGUCAUUGCCGACUUCUUCAGAUUGCUCAGUUUUCGCCAUCAGUAACUACAGGACAGAUGAAGUAUCUAUCGCCUUCAUUAAACGGGGGGAUGAAAUGUGGACAUGUGAUAUCUUAGAUAACGUUUAUUUGCCUCCCGGUAAGAAAGAUAUUGCAUUUGAGCCAACUCUCAACUGUCCAGUUUUCUCCCGUGGAGCAUUCUAUUGUUUGGAUCUGAAUGGAUCUUUAGGAGUAUUCAAAUUAGAAGAGAAUGGCAUUACCUGGGACAUUCUUUCCAUGGUUCCCCGGCCUACUUGUGGUUUUAUCUAUAAGAGUUAUUUGGUGGAGCUUGAAGGAAAGCUUUUAUCUGUACUAUUAGGCCACUUUGGAAAAUGGGUUCGGAUUUUUAGAUUGGACAUGUCGGCAAUGGUUUGGGUUGAAGUUGAAGAUUUAGGACGGCAUGUGGUGUUUAUUAGCAAUACAUCUUGUAUUGCAACAGUUGCUCCAACUAGUCGAAUGGAGAACAAAAUCUACUUUUCGAGGUUGCAGAACGAAAAAGUACUAUUUUUUUCUCUUGACUCUGGUAAAUAUCACUCUCUUGACAGUAAGCAUUAUGGUAAAGACUAUUCUAACUCGACAGAGAACUUAAGGUGCAGCUGGAUAGAACCCAAUUGGUCAGAGACCAGACAGCCAAGUUUUGAUUGGUCCCAGCAUUUAUAGUACACAGGAAAAAUGUAAGAACUCAAAACAGGCCAGCAUUUUUAAUUGGUCAAGUUAAAAGUGCUAAUCAGUGUAUAAAAACUUAGAUACAGUGCUUAGGCAGCCCUGAAAAAAACUUUUUGCUUUACCUUUUUUAGUAACUGUCUUUGAUGCUCUUUCUUGUAUGUAGUUUGUUUUAGUCCAAGGUUUGCUUGAGCAUGUUCUGCCUUCCUUUGGCUCUAUUUCAUGUGUACAUUUA